GAUAAAUAAUUCAAGUUAUUUCAAAUUUAAUGUCGUAAACAGUGGCAUGAAAUCUGAAUUGCGGCCCAAAUAAAAUAGCUGCAUCCAUGUGAAAAGACAGGGAAAAGUCAAACAAGGGUUAUCAUAGACCCACUAAAUUGUACUGCAACUAGUCUAUCCCUUUGAAAAUUAUAAAUAGAUUUGAAGGUAUACUGAUUUGAAACUGUUUAAUCUGAAGGUAUAAAUCAAUUUGGUAGUAGCCUCUUCGAUAAAGAAAAAUAUAUAAGGCUUCUCUUCACUCUUCAAAUAUUAAUAUUUAAUAAUUAUGCAAAGAUAAAAUUAAAUAAGUUAUUUGAGAUUUGGGGAAAUUUUGGUCAAUGCAUUUGGUGCACCACUUCCAGUUUCUGGGUAAAUGUGUAGUUAGCCGCCGCAUGGGUUUUGCCAAGAGUUAUCUCACAGAGACAUCACUUUGGGGAAUGCCAACACUGGAAUUAGGGUAACAGGACAAACAGUUGGACUUAACUGAUUUAUGAUUUAUAUAUGUAUUAUUAUUCCAAUCAGUUAUUAUUUAAUAACACAUUGAUACACAACACAUGAACACCUGUAUAGUGGGAAUGGUGAAAUUGUUUCCUGGAUGCCAAAAUAGCAGUGAUUAGCAGACAUUUUUGGAUUUAGAUUUGAUGUCCCUAACUGUCAUCAACAGUGACCUGAGAUUAUCAUCGGACAAAUUUGUUCUCAAAUUGUUCUUCACGUAUUUCGUUCUUACGUUCUUCAAAAUGUUUGUUCACACAGGCAUUUUGUUCAAAAGAUUGAAAGGUACAUUGAUGCAAACGUUUUGAAAUUAGGAAAGUCUUCCUUGGGCGAAAACUAAUUAAAAUCCCACCGGUUCUUUUAACUUGUUCCUAAGGAGGUCAUUUGCUUGCAACUCAAUGACCUCCAGAUGCAGUUCAUCUAGGCGAUUGGCCACAUCUGCUUCAAAUAGGUUUUGAAAAAGUCUCACUUCUUCUGCCUUUAAAUCCAAGUCAGAAAACCGCUGCUAAAACGGCAGCUGGAGUUCUUUGAUGAUCUUGCAUGAAAAUAACGUGAGGAACUCCGCUGUUGCUACAGCCAUGAACACAUUGCACUGCUGAAAGUGCGUCAAGUUGUUGGCCUGUUCUUGUUCCAAAAAACAAGAUGAGUUUGGAUCUGAAGGCCUUUAGGUGGGUGUAUAGAUCAGAAACUAGAUUUUUAUCUCUUUGUAGUUUUAGGUUCAGAAAAUUUAAAUGACUUGUUAUGUCUGCAGCAAAGACCAAUUUCCAUACCCACUCUUCAUCAGACACUAAUGGCUGUGGCUUGCCUUUACUUUCCAGGAAGUCACCUAUUUCCUUUCUUAACUUAAAUCUUCUGCUCAGAACUUUCUCAUAACGUAGCCAUCUUAUUGCUGUGUAAUAUGGUAAAUCUUGCUAUUCUGUGUCUGUAUCUUUAAACAGGUCUCUGAACUGUCUAUGGUUGAGCCCAUGUGACCAUAUUAAAUUAACUCUCUUUACCACAGGAUUCAGUACGCUGCUAAAUUUCCACAUAUUUAGCACAAACAGCUUUUUGCUGAAUAAUAAAGUGCAGGAACAUUGGUUGCAGAAUUUUGUUCUCAUUACACAUCUGCUUCACUUGUCCAACCAAGCCUUUCUUUAUGCCACGCAUGUUAUUUCCUCCCUCAUCAGUCAGGCAGCUGAGGUUAGUCCAGUCCAAGUUAUAAUCAGCAAACUUUUUUUUCAACUCAUUGAAUAUAUCCUCUCCAGUAACAGUGUCGUACAUGCUAUGUGGGGAAGCCAGCUCUUGUGUUAUAUUCAUGUCUUCAUCCACACCUCUAACAAAUACAAGCAGUUCAGAAGUGGAACAGAUGUCCAGCAAUUAAAAAUUGGCGAAACUUGGUUGCAUUUUUCGCUGUUUGAGUCUCAAUGUUUUCACCCAUGUCUGCAACACGGCAGGCAAAGCUCCGCCACUAGGUGGCGUUAUUAUAACUAAGUAGCGAAUUGGGUUUUGCCAAGUAAUGAUCGGUUAGAAAUCAUAAUGCACUACUGCGCGCCUCUAUUUAAAUUCGGUUAAAAAAUAGCAUCCACAUAAGCGGUGUCUGAUCUUGGCAGGAUACAUGUAAAUUUCCGUAACUUUUUCCUUAGACAAAAAGGUCUCCGCGGGCCGCAUGAAAAGACCUCGUGGGCCGCAUGCGGCCUGCGGGCCGUAGUUUGGAGACAGCUGAACUACCAGAUUUAAAAACAAGCUGUGGCCGAAAUAAAUUUAGGUCACAUUUUCUCAUUUUCAGGUGUAUAUGUACAAAUUCAACUGCAGUUUUCUUAAUCAUAAACAUAUUAUAAUGAGUAAUAAAACAUUUUGUAGGUAAAUUAAUUGUCUAAAAAAGAUAGACGUAAAACAUUUGUAAAGUUAAGUUUUGGUAGGAGUAGGAAAUUAUUAAUUGUUAAAUUAGUAAUUACAACAGAAAAACAAUAAAAAAAUACCUACAAAUGUGCCAACUUACCUAUAAAAUUUAAAUUAACAAAACAUCUAACGCCUUUCAUUUUUCAUUUAAGGGGGUAGGCGCCCAAAAAAUUCUAAAUUUUUCAAAAAUUGUCCAUUUUUUUAUUUUUUCAUUUUUACGAAGAUGAACAUUCUUAGAAUCGAUUACACAUCAAUUUAUACUACUUUUUAAAAGUUUUUUUGUGAAACAACUGAUAUUUAACACCCCACCCCACUCUAAAAAUUGACCUAAUUUUGGAAAUAAAAUAGAAUUCAUACGUAUCCCAUGUUUGAGACCUCAAAAAACUAGUUUUAAAUAACAAAAUAUGCUAUUAUUAUAUAUCAACGUAAAGGUAAAUUCAAGCAGUUUUUUUUUGUAUAUUAGAAUCGAAUUCAGUAAAUAUAAUUGCUACAAAUAAUCGGAUCCACAAGCGAAAUGUGUGUAGGAUUUUCUUCGCUUCUAUUUAUAUAAUUAUUUUACCGAUUUUCAUUGGUCCAAACGGAGGGUAACCAAGAUACCGUUGACUCGCGCAUGCGCAAACGAGUUGUUCAUGUGUGUUUACCGGAUUGUGGUUCUGUGUACAGAACGAAAUUUUGCAAACGAAAGCAUCAGCAUAUUUUGAUUUUAAGAUACACAUUUACAACCUUACCCAUUCGGUAAAAGCCAGAAAUUCAAGGUAAGUAUACUAAAAAAAUGACCUUAAUUUAGCAACACGCAAUCGGUGAUAGUUGAAAUUAUUCAGUUCGGACAUCAGUACUGUCUCUGUGUUGCCAUGAUGAUUGAUCGUGCGUGUAGAUUGUUUGUGAGUUUAUGAGUUUAUGUUUAGCUUAUGCGUUAUGCGGAGAAUUACAUAAGUUUCUACUAUUAGUCUUUAUAUUUACCAAUCAAGUGAAUUGUUAAAUUAUAUGAAUCCUAAGUCUAUUUAUUUAUAGUUGUCAAAACAACAUUGAUAAAUAAUCGAGUAGUUCAAAGUAAUAGUAUAGGCUAAGACUACUAAAGGCUAGGACUAACAUUCAGUAACAACAACGCAAUAUUAUGCCGUAAUACUACUAUAAUUAUGGUAUUAGCAUUAUCAGUAUGGGCAAAAUAAUUCUUAUUAGAAUGUUUUAACUCAAAUAGUUUAAUCUUAGCCUUAUUCAUUUUUUUUUUAUCUGCAUACAGUUAUUAUUAGUAAUAGCCUAAUUAGUUUUAUAUUAUUUCUUAUUUGUAAGAUCAGUUCAUUAGACUAAUAAUAGUAAUUAUAAUAAAAUAAAUAUUUAGUUAAGCAAUCCUAAACAUCUAAAUAAUACUAAUAGGCUUGUUGAGAUCAUUUUCAAUAUAUUAUUUGCUAAAUGAUGUUUAUAUAAUUUUUUAAUUCCAUUCCAGCCCCCAAUUAGUUCUACCGAGCCGAGCAAAAGUUAAUUCUUCAGUGACAAGAAUUCUACACAUGGACUGCUAAACAUUGAUUUCGAUAUGAUCAUAAUUUAAAGCUUUUACCAAUUUUCUUCUGUCUGCAGUGGAAUAGACAAAUUGCAGAAGCCAUAACUUACAGCUUAUUGCAAAACAAAAUAGUAAAUACCGGUACUAUGAAUAUAACAAUGACUAGAUUGUGAGUGGUUAGAUUGUUCAUAUCCACAACUGGAUAACCAAGUCAUUAUCAAUUAUAGACUGUAAGGCCUGAAGGACAAUGGCAUGUAUUAUGAAAAGUUGCAAUCUAUGAUAUCUACGAUAAACAAUCCAGCUGCACCGCAAAAUUUAUGACCUGCACAAAGUAUCAAAACUGCUCUAUGCCUAAGACAUGAAACAUUUAUGAGCAAGUAUCUGCCCAUUUAUUACAUUUCUAAUAGACAAAUAACUCAUUCACCUCUGGUAUGAGGGACAUCUUUGAUGAAAGAAGUACACAGAAUAUGUACAAAAGUUUCAACAUAGCAUUGCUGCCAUGAAACUAUUUAUGCUUCAAUUUCAGUGAUGGUGACAGCAACAUAACCUUGUCAUCUAAGCAUGGUUAAAAGGAUCAUGGACAAAAAGGGUUGAUUGGGGACUUUGGAUAACUUGUGCUAUACUAUAAUGCUGAACAAAAAAUUCUUAUACAACACAAAUUAGCUUUAUUCUAGAGGAAAAAUUUUAAAAAAAAAUAAUAAUUGUGAUUUUGACGAGAGCACCCGAUGAAGUUCAAGAAGGUAAAACCCAUGUUCCUGGUGCAUUCAACAGUUCAAUAUUAUAAUAAACCACCAUGUCCAUGUUGCUGAACAAAAAAAACUAUGUAAAAGAACUUCAUUUUCAUAUUAAACUUAAAAUUUUUCACUUUUAAAGUUUAAAAUUGAUUUUUCUCAAAAUUGUUUUUUUCUGUUGUUUUGUAACGUAGAAUUCUAAAAUCUCAGCUAAUAUACAAGCUAGAGUAAUAAAAUUGGGUGUGUAUCUUCCUUUAACUAUUUUGUGGGUCAUGAGCUAUUAAAAAAUCAAUUUGGUCAAUUACUUUUGUUAAAAUAUUUUUUUUCAUAUCCUAGGAUGGUAAAUUUUAAGCGUUUUCUGCCGAGGCAAAUUUUAAAAAUUAAAAAAAAAAUGUUUUGAAAAGUUUGAAGGAAAUUAAACUAGCUCAGUACCUCUAAAUAUAAUUGAAGUUCAUGAAUCAAUCAAUUUUUAAGCAAUAUUUAUUUUUGUUUUUUUAAAUUUUAGAACUCUACGAAUGGGUAUUAUUUUCAAGAUGGCCGCCGUUGCCAUGGCAACUAUAUAAUUUUUUUUUUUUUUUUAAAAGCAUGAAAAUAUAUCUCCAUUCAUAGCUUAACAUGACCAUAAUAAAAUAGUUGCUCUAAUUUUGUUAAUUUAAAAAAAAAAUUUUUGGUAGCCUGCCCCCUUAAUGGUUUCCAAAUAGUAUAUCCAAUAAUCAGAAAAUGCACCUAAGAAUACAAAACCUGAAUAAUUUAUGAAUAAUAUGUACACUUUCAAUUACUUAUGCCUUUACUUUAGUAAAUCUGUUUCUUGUUGCCNGAAUGGGUAUUAUUUUCAAGAUGGCCGCCGUUGCCAUGGCAACUAUAUAAUUUUUUUUUUUUUUUAAAAGCAUGAAAAUAUAUCUCCAUUCAUAGCUUAACAUGACCAUAAUAAAAUAGUUGCUCUAAGUUUGUUAAUUUAAAAAAAAAAUUUUUGGUAGCCUGCCCCCUUAAUGGUUUCCAAAUAGUAUAUCCAAUAAUCAGAAAAUGCACCUAAGAAUACAAAACCUGAAUAAUUUAUGAAUAAUAUGUACACUUUCAAUUACUUAUGCCUUUACUUUAGUAAAUCUGUUUCUUGUUGCCACGGCAAACAAGUUUUACAAUUUUGUAACUAGCUUGGAAAAUGAAUCAAAAUUAACAGCUCUUUUUAUAAAAUCUUCUUCAUGUGGUUCAAAAAUAACAUCCUGUCAGUAACUUAAAAUGUCAAACCAAAACGAGAACAGAAUAAUAUAUGACACAACAUUGGCACUACCAGCGGCUCAUGGUAGUUAACCAAGUAAACAAUGAGAAUGAUUUGAAUAUUUUGAAUAUUAACUUUCCCAUUCUUCACUGAAAGUAGGCAUAGGCACUUCGGUAUGGUCCAUAAACACCAGAAAAUCGCGUAUGGUAAUUUUGUUGUCAAAAUGGCGACCUCCACUUUUUUUAUUUACUGAGGGUAUCAUUGUUUCACCUUUUAUAGUUUAUUUUUAAUAUAAUAAUAAAUUCUACAUCUGCCAUUUACUUAAAGUUGAAAGCCCACAUCUUGCUUGCUUUUUCGUUUGGGCAGUUAUUUGAUUAUAUUUUUUUUUGAGGUUAAAGCUUUGAAAAUUGAUGUUAAUAAUAGGUAAACUUUACUCAUGAAUAACUUUUUUUAAAAACUGGUCCAAAAAAAGAAAAAGGGCUUCUUUAAGUUAUAACAUCAUUUAUAACAUAUUAUUAUUAUUAUUUGUGGUCUUUUAUGAUGCGGUACCCUAGGCUUUAGAACUAACUUAGCAGCUGAGUUUUGAACCUUUGUAGUUUUUCUAUUAAGGGUUUUGGUGAACCUGACUGAAGAGAGUUGCAAUAGUCAAGACGAGAGAGAACAAGAGCACAGACUAGGGUUUUUGUUGCGCUAACUGUGAGGUAGUGGCGGAUGGGGCUGAUCUGACUGAUAGCCUUAUAUGCAGUGUGACAAAUGUGAGAGAUAUGUUUAUCGAGAGAAAGAAUAUAACCAAGAUCCAAAAUUCAAGAGUGUAGACCUGAGGGUUGGGUCAAAAAUGAAAAUCUAAGAGGUCAUUUUUUUAGGCUAUAUAAUUUGUCAUCAUGGCCACCAUGCUUGUCUACAUAUUACCAACUAUUGAUAGCAGCCGUUUGCUUUUUAAUAAUUCAUUAAAUUGGUUAUCCAGAAUAUAUAUGAGAUAUAUAACUAAUAACAAAUCAUUUUAAACAAAUAAAAAAUGUUUUAUAACAUUAAUAAUUAUAAUUGGCUAAUCAAAUAUCAGUGGUUUUAAUUUUGGUGUUGGUUGCCAUGGACAUCGGAAUUGCUUAUUUGCUAACCACUUGUCUUUAACUAAGAUAAACAUGUCAAAAAUAGCCUUUAUUGCAACUAAUAUAAUUAUUUUAGUUUAUAUCUUUAUUUAUUAUAUAUAUAUACAUGUGUGUGUGUAUAUCUAUAUAUGCACACACACACAUGGCCUAUAGGCCUAGUAUAGUUUUUUAGUCGGCUAAAUUUCAGACUAGUUUUAUCCCUUGCUUUACAUAAUUAUAUUAUAAUAAUAUGUAUAGUAUCAAUUUACGUUUAACUUUUUUUGAAAUAAUACUGUAACAUGUUAUUUGUUCUUUUUUAUAGAAUCAAUAAUAGUUUAAAAAUAGUAGUAAUAAUAAUUGUUAUUCUCUCAUUAGUGACACUACCGGUACUCAUACUCCUACAAAAGAAAAUUAUUACUAUAUUAUAGUGUAAUAUACCAUAUAUUUAACAAGGCCUAAGCCUAAUUGGUUGAAUCUGCAAUUAAGUGUGUAAAAGUGACAUUGUACGUUGGGUUUUCAGUAUUUUGAAUAUUUUUAAAAUAGUUUAAAUCUUUUUAUUCAAAUUUACGAUUUUCUCAGUAUAGUGUGCAGCUGUAGCACACGAACACAUGGUUUUAGGGUUCACAUUAGGCGUUAGACCAUAGUUUUUGGUUUGAAGAUUUUCACUUUAGUUGGGAUUGGGGACUAAAUUUAAGAGUAAAUUUACACUUAAGUUAAAGGGAACUAAAUUUAAGGGUAAAUUUAUGCUUAAGUUAGUGAUGUUAAAGGGGGAAUUUAUUCUUUUGUUGGGGAUAAUGACUUGGCAUUCAGGUUAGGUAGAGUGGUGGAUUUUAGGAUCAAAUGUUUUUCUUUUAAAAAAAAUAUUUUUCCCAAUUUUCGUUUCUCUUGGUAAGUAAUUAAAACAGCACAUUCUCUCUCUUUCCCCUCUAUAUUUUAGCAGACAUAUUUUUUUUGUACACAGCCCUCUCGGUUGCAAUGACACAUCUGCCAUGAUGGCAGCUGUUGAAAAUGAAUGGCACCCCGAAUGUAAAUUUACCCCAAGUUUUGUUUAGGCAAACUGGGCAGAGAGAUUUUGAAAAGAGCAGAAAUGACUUAAUUUUAAGAAUUGACUGAAGAUAACCCUUAUAAACAAACCAUAUAUAUAUUGAUGAUCAUUAUAACAUUGCGCAAACAGUGGAGUGAACACACCUUUUUUUGUUUAUUUAAUUAAUGUAAGUUAAUUAAUUUUUAAAGUUGAUUAUGUUUGUUAAAUUGUAUGUACAGCGUGGUGAGCUCAGCCCUCGGCUGGGGUACUCCGCUAUAUAAAACCACUCAUAAUAAUAAUAUCACUUACAGAUUCAAACGGUAUCUAAUUAACAUUCUAAAUAAGUGUCAAAUUUUGUAUGGCCCAAGCCCUAUAUAUACACACACCUAUAUUAAAUACUGGUAGGCCUAUACAACUCUUCCAUUGUUGGACUAAUCUAUUUCAUUUAUUCUUUAUUUAAUUUAGCCUUAGUUUAGUUAAUUUAUUUAAGAUAUCAGAGUAAGUACCCAACUUGCCUCAAAAUUUAAUUUGGAAUUGUUAGUAUAAAGCAAUAUAAGUCACUAAAAUUAAAAGAACUAGAUAGGUUAUGAAACUUGAUUUCUAAUUGCAUAGCUUCGUUUUUUUCACUAGUACCAAUAAUGAAGUUUCUAUAAGACAAAUGUAAAGAGUAAAUUAAUUUUGAUGAUGAUUAAAUAAGCUUUGAAAGCAUAUAAACUUAAAUGAUUAAAAUGUAACAGUAUUUUUUUUCUGUCUCUUUUAGGUGCAAGCAGAAACUAAAUCACAAUCCAAGUCAUGGGAUUUCCUCAAAGCUCAUUCAUCAGUCCCCAAUGCUUGACAUAUUUGCACAAUGCAUUUCUUAAACCAAUUAUUCAAGGCAGUAAUGUAUUGUUUUAUUCUCAGAGCACCAAACAUGUAUUUCCAGCAUCUAACAUGAUUUUUACUAAACAAGUAAUGUCCAGACUCAGACUCAAUAACACUACAUGCCCUCAAACUUCUGACCAUCUGUUUACCAAUAAUAAAUCACGCUCUUGGUUUUUACAUGUUAAGAAAUCUUUCAGUACUGCUUCUUUAAAAAAUGCAAAAAUCCCAUCAGUAUUAGUAAAAUAUACACAAGAUCUAAAUUUAGAUGACCUAAAAGAACAAGUAAAGAAAGAGCGGCAAAGUACACCAGAGUUACAGCUGAUUUCAAAAAUUAAAGAGACUGUAGCAGCAAAGUGUGAUGAAGCAAUAGCAAAUCUAAAUGAAGAGGAAAAGAAGGCAUUAAAAGUCAUCCAACUUGAGCACGACUUCUUGUACUCAGAGGGUUACUUUAUUCCAGUGAGUAUGACCAUUGCACUAGAUCAGAGAUUUUCAAAAUGUGGUAGGUACCUGCACUUGUGCCGAUAGCCGUACAUUUAAUCAUUCCAGGUGGUACAUACAGGUGUAAUAAAAAGAGAUAUACAGCAUAUGUUAGAUGGUUGUCGUCGAAAUUUUAGCAUAUUAUAAAUUAUAUAGAUGGUAAAAAAAAUUUAAAGUUUGAACAUCUCUUAUCUAGAACGUUUUUAAAUGUUGUCAAUAGAAAGAAAUUAAAUUUCAAUGAAAUAUUUGCACAGAAAAAAACAAAGUAAUAACACAUUUACAAGUUUGAUUUUUAAAAAAGCAUACUAAUUUGUCAAUUAAGUCAAACAUAUGUAACAGUUUAACAGUGAUUAAUGUCCAUGGAACAUAAAAUCAUACUUAUUGCUUGCCAUUCAAAACCAACCCAAACAUCAUGAAAAGGGCGAAGUUACACUGACAGACCCACUCACACACAGACCUGCACGAAAAUAAAAGUGUCAAUGUGGAGAGGGCUGCAUUCUGCUUGGAGCAAUAAGAAAUAUAAAGCACAGGGUAUGGGGAAAAACCUGAAAAAGGACUUCUUUUUUUUAGUUUUUCCCCCACCCUUACUUUUGAAUUUCUUAUUAAAAUUAAAAAUACUAUUUAAAUUGGAGUUUAUCCAUCUCAUUUUUUUUUUGUAGUACUAGGUGUUGGGGGGUAAGGUUUUUUAACAAUUUUCAAUUUGAAUAUGACUGGUUAUUAUUAAAAAGAUUUAAUCUUUAUUUAACAAAUCCUUUUGUACACAUAUAUAAAAUAAUUUAUAUUUAAUAUUUUUUUAUUUCAGAGCCUUGAGGAAAUGACAAAUCAAUACUGGCUGGAAGCAAUGGAUUUAAAUUCCAAAAUGCAGAGACUAAAGUAUUACCUCUUUUUAAAAAAACGGUUGACAUUAAAAAAUGCUGAGAAGGAGAAGAUUAAAAAGGAGCGAAUGAUCCAUCAUCCAGAAGGUGGCCUUGGUACAUAUGAGCAUGGAAGACUUUUUAUGCGGAUCUAUGAUAGUACGAUUAAAAAGUAAGUUUUUGUUUUACAUAUUUUUUAUCUUUAACGACAGAUUCAAAAUUUCAAUUUUAUUAAGGAUGAGCAAAUAAGUUGAUAACUGGAUAAUUGGUUGUCAAUUUUAUAUUAUAAUAGUUAUGUGAGAAAGAAAGGUGUCAUUAAAUGAAGGUAAUUCAUUAUACUAUUUCAUAUUUAUAUUUGAUAAUAGAGCUACUAUUUAGAUUACAUAGAAUAUGAGUAAAUACCUGUGUGAAUAAAAAGUAGUUAGCAGACCUCUGAUUUCCAAACAAUUUACCCUAGCACCUGGACAAGGGAAAGUACCGUCUGCUUGCCUUUAAGAAAAGCUGACUCAGAGGAAUCUAGAAGUACUCAUCCUAUAUGUGUACAUGAGUCAAUAAUUAUUGUUUGAGCGAAAGCAGACUUUAAAAAAAUAAUGCUUUUAUUGUAAAAGUAUUCUUCUGCGAAGGUGUAACCUCAUCUAAAAUUGUCCCAGUAGAGAUACUGCUGUCUAAAAGUGAUUUCAAAGUUCACAAAAAUAAUUUAUGAAAUUAAUCUCUGUUUUGUAAUGUAAGCAAGAAAACGUAUAUGGAGACUGAAAUGACAACAAGGAAAUAAAAACAUUUUGAAGAAUUUGUUACAUCUUGUCACGGAAAUGAAGCUCAUCAAAAAUAGUAAACACUGAUAAUGGUACAGAACUAGAAUAUAACCCAAUCUAGUGGAGAAAAAAAUACAUGAUAGCAGCCUAGAGACUUGUAGAUAAAUAAAUUUAAUUUAAAAAAAUCUAGAUUUACAUCUAAAAUUUGGGUAGCAUUUCCAUUUAAACAAAAGCCGAUCAGGGGUUAAAUGGAUAAAAACUAGCAAAUGCUAAUUAAUUGGUGCAAUGGUUGAUUAUGCCAAGACAAAAUACCUACUGUUUAAAGUUAAUAUUGUCAUUAAGGAAGUGAUUUUUUUUAUAAGUGAUGGCUGAUUUUUGCACUUGAGAUAUAUUUUCUAACGUUUAAAUUGUUCUAGUUUAAAAAUUUUUUAUCUAAAUCAGAAUUAUUAUCCAUAUGCUAAACAUAAAUAUCUACAAUUUACUCAAAACACAUUUUCAUUUAGUUGGAGCAUUAAAAGAAUCUUAUUUUAUCUUAACUGAAGCAACCCUAAUUUUCAUGUCACUGUCAUGGCUUCAUUAUUAAAAAAAAAGUGUAAUAAUCUGUUAGGUCAUUUGAAAAAAAAGAAAGAACAAUUAAAAGUGUAAUAAUUAGUUGGGUCAUUUGAAAGAAAAGAAAGAACAAUUAAAUGCCUUUUGUUUCUACUCAGAGACUGAGAAAGCUACUUUGUGAUCUGGGAACACUAAAGUUUUUCAAUUUCAAAUAUUUGUUUUUCUGUUUUGUAUUGUCUGCUGAAGAAGGCAUUGGGCCAAAAUGUCCUUUGAAUUGUUCUGUUUGUUUUUCCAAGACAAAACAUAUCUUGUUCCACUAUUUAUUUCACAUGGCUUGAACGCAGUCUCCCAUAUAUUAUGAUAGUUAGACCCCCAAGGGCCUUGGCUUCAAUAAUUAAUUAAACCCUCACAAAUGAAACCACAGAGCUGUUAAUACAAUUACAAUUUAGCAUAUUUACACUUAGGGUAAAUCUUUUAUUAACUAUCCACUUUGUGUUAAAAAGCAACUACCAGCAUUGUAAUUAUUGUGCAUUUUUGUAUGUAUUUUUUAAGGUGGCAGAAUUACAACCUUGCAUCAGCCAUGCAGUUUGGAACUCCACUUGUAAUUGACAUGGACUAUUUAGACUACAUGCGGCCCCAGGAUGUUAAAAAUACAGCUUCCCAACUCUUGUCACUUUACUCCUUGAACAGAGCAGAUACAAACCUGCCCUACCAUUUACACUUUACCAACUGUUCUGACAAUCACCCUUUGUACAGGUACAGUUGAACUUUUUAUACUAUUUAUAGCUGAUUUUUUUCUUUUGCCAGGCAAUGGCUGGUUACAGAAAAGAAGCCCAGAGAAAUUAAAAUAACAUUUUACAAAGGUGGUUCCCAGCAAUUUAGUUACAUUUUGAGUUCCAUUUGCUGGAACAUUUUCAUAAUAUAAUCAUAACAUGUUUUUUAAAAAUUAAAAGUGAGUUUGUUUAUAAGGGUAUGGUAAUUAUUUGACAAAGUGUUAGGCUAAUUCAGCGGAUGGGAUGUUUCACAACUGCUGAUUCAUUUUGAAUAGACUAUCUUAUGAGCAAAUUCUUUUUAUUAUUUUACCUCUUAUAUUUAUAUCUUGUAGCAUAUAUAAUAUAUAUAUAAUAUAGAGACUCAAAAUUGUAUCUAAUUAGCUGCACAAAGCUUGUAUUUUUUCUUUUUUGGUUGUCUGAAAUCUAUGCAUGUUCAAAUCCUUAGUUUUAACAAAAAGAUGCUCCUAAAACAGGAUGGUGAACUAUGUUCCUACUUCUAGCAUUUUCAUGCCAAUGGCUCCAGAUUCUUCCCUACUAUAUCAUGUCAUAAUAUUUAAUGUCAGAUUAAUUGAAUGGCACCCUCUCUCUGUGUCACAUUAAGUCGAAAAAUGACUAGUUAAUGGCACCUUCUCACUGUGUCACAUUAAGUCAAAAAAUGACUAGUUAAUGGCACCUUCUCACUGUGUAACAUAAAGUCCAAAAAUGUCUAGUUAAUGGCACCAUCUCACUGUGUCACAUUAAGUCCAAAAAUGACUAGUUAAUGGCACCUUCUGACUGUGUCACAUUAAGUCCAAAAAUAACUAGUUAGUUGCACCAUCUCACUGUGUCACAUUUUGUCAGAAAAUGACUAGUUAAUGGCACCUUCUCACUGUGUAACAUAAAGUCCAAAAAUGUCUAGUUAAUGGCACCAUCUCACUGUGUCACAUUAAGUCCAAAAAUGACUAGUUAAUGGCACCUUCUGACUGUGUCACAUUAAGUCCAAAAAUAACUAGUUAGUUGCACCAUCUCACUGUGUCACAUUUUGUCAGAAAAUGGCUAGUUAAUGGCACCAUCUCACUGUGUCACAUUUCGUCCAAAAAUGACUAGUGAAUGGCACCAUCUCACUGUGUCACAUUAAGUCAAAAAGGACUAGUUAAUGGUACCAUCUCACUUUGUCACAUUAAAUCCAAAAAUGACUAGUUAAUGGCACCACCUCACUGUGUCACAUUAAGUCCAAAAAUGACUUGUUAAUGUCACCUUCUCACUGUGUCACAUUAAGUCAAAAAAUGACUAGUUAAUGGCACCUUCUCACUGUGUCACAUUAAGUCCAAAAAUGACUAGUUAAUGGCACCUUCUCACUGUGUCACAUUAUGUCCAAAAAUGACUAGUUAAUGGCACCAUCUCACUGUGUCACAUUUCUCCAAAAAUGACUAGUUAAUGGCACCUUCUGACUGUGUCACAUUAAGUCCAAAAAUGACUAGCUAAUGGCACCAUCUCACUGUGUCACAUUUCGUCCAAAAAUGACUAGUUAAUGGCACCUUCUCACUGUGUCACAUUGCGUCCAAAAAUAUCUUAGUCUGAUCUAUGGCGUACGGGGUAGCAGAGAAUUUUGUCUUUGGAUAAAUGUUGCUCUUGAAAUACAGCUGCCAAUUUUCCAAAAACUGAUUUAUAAUAUGAAAUACUGGUAACUUUAUGAAGUGGCAAGAGCCAUAACUGUUUUUAUCCUUUAGCAAUGAAAUGGUCUCUGAUAUGUUCAUUAUACUAAUUGAUCACCUUUAAUUAACAAGCUAAGUUAAAAGAUUACAGUCAUGUAAAUGUAAUGUUUACUUAAAUUUAAAUUAUAUUUUGUAUUGUUUUCGUAGGUUAUUGCAAAUUGAAAUGCAAGAUACUUCAGAUUUUUUGGCAUCUGUCUCUGAAAAAAGUUACUUGGACUUGUAUGACAAAGACAAACUUGUAUAUCUGUCACCUGAUGCUAAACAGGUAAGUCUGUGUGGAUAGAAAUUAAUGUCCUACUACAGAUCCCCAUUUAGUAAAUAAAAGCAAGAGUUCAUAGGCCUUAUAAUUAUAAAUAUCGUUAUAUCAUCUAAUAGUGUAGUAGAGUGAUAAUGCAGAUGUUUUAUUCUGUUGAUGAGAUCUGCUACAUUUAACAGGAAUAUUUGUAUCUAUUUAUCUUUAUAUAUCUAUGUAUAUAUAUAUUCUGGUUUUGGUAGUGUUCGUUGCUGCAUCCAUAUACUGGCAUCUGUGCAACGGUUGGGGGAAUGAUGUUGCUAGUCUAACAGCUCCUAGCUGAUGUCAGGGCAGCCUUGAAGCUUUCGACCGAUGUCGAGUUCACAGUGGCAUUGUCCAGGUGGUUCCAUGCUAUUACUGUGCGUAGGAAGAAAUAUUUUUUAUACUGCACUGUGUUGCAUUGAGGCACUUUGAAGCAUUUGCUAUUGUUUCUGGUGUAAUUGUUUAUGGGAUUGUCAGUUGUAAUGUCAGUGUUCAGUGAGCGUUUUGCUCUGAUCAGUUUAUCCGGCUUCUGUGGGUCGAGGUACGUGCCUGCUGGGAUGGCCGGCACCAGUCCCAUGAUCAUUUUAUAUAAGAAUAUCAGGCCGAGUCCCUCUCGUCUGUCUUUAAGGGGUGGGAUUUCAAAUCUUUUUAAGAGGCCAGUGACGAAGCCAGAAGUGGUGGAUUUGUAGUCUUGAGCGAUAAAACACACCGCAUUACGUUGAAUUCGCUCCAUCUUGUCCACGUCUUGCUUAAGGUGUGGGUCCCAGAUGAUUGCACCAUAUUCUAGCAGUGGACGGACAAGUGCGAGAUAGGAAUUUCGUUUGCAGGAAGUUGGGCAGUGGCUCAGAUUUCUUCGGAUGAAACCUAGGGUGGAGUUGGCUUUUUUUGAAAUUUUUAAUAUGGGGUGACCAUUUUAGGUUAUUUGAGAAAAAAAUUCCAAGGUAUGGAUUGUUUGAUAUGUGUUGGAGAAUUGUCUCGUUUAGUGAGUACAUAUAUGUUGAUGUUUUUUUUUCUUGAGAAGGUCAUUGUGUAGCAUUUGGUUUCAUUAAAUUUGAUGCCCCAUUUGUCCGCCCAAUUCAUAAGGCACUUCAAAUCUGUUUGGAGGUGUUUGUGGUCAUCGUAGCCGUUUAUCUCUCUAUAGACAAAACAGUCAUAUGCAAACAGCCUCACUUGAGAUUUUACAGUAUCGGGGAGGUCGUUUAUAAGACAGAGGAAGAGAAGGGGGCCCAGCACUGUGCCUUGUGGAACUCCAGAGUCUACGGUGGCUUUCCCUGAUUAGACACCGUCUACCGCUACUUGCAUGGUACGUUGUGUUAGGAAUGUUGAGAGCCAAGAGUGAAGGUUGCCGGUAAUGCUGUAGCUUAUGUAGCUGAAGGCUGUGUGGAACAGUGUCGAAGGCCUUGGAGAAGUCGAGAAUUGCCAUGUCGACCUGGGUACCUUUGUCAUAAGAGACUAGGAGGUCAUUGGUGGUGAUGAUUAAUUGAGUUUCUGUUGAGAAUCCAGAGCCAAAACCGUGAUUUAGGUUGGUCAAAAUGUUGUAGUGUUCAAGGUGGUUCAUGAUGUGGCGAUAGAUGAUGUGUUCUAGGAUUUUGCAUGAAACAGGUCAGGGAUAUUGGGCGGUAGAUUGCUGGGUUAUGACGGUCACAUUUCUUGUAGGCACUAGUGAUAUUUGCAUCAAGCCAGUCUAGCGGGAGUUAGCCGGAGAUGUGGGUCAUGGUUGGGGCGAUGUUAUCAGCCAGGGUCUUCAGGACAACGUUCCGGAUACAGUCAGGUCCGGGCGCUUUAUUGGGCUUCAGGUUUUUGAGAAGCUUGGCUACUCCUGUUUCAGUUAUGAUUGAGGGGGGCCUAUUGUACCAGGUGAAGGUUUUAGGGAUGGUAUGACUGUGGUGGAGAUUUUGGUGAAGAUGGAUUGAAACUGCUUUAGGAGCAUUUCUACUUUGCAUUGGCCAUUGCUUACAAGUUGCCCGUUUUUCUGGUGGGGGGGGGGGGGGGGGGAAGACCGGUGGUUUGGUUUGGGGGGGGGGGGUGGCUACGCCGAUGUCUUGCUUCCUGGAUUUAAUGUAGCGCCAGAACGGUUUUGUGUUGUUGUUUUCGAGGCCUUCUUGGAUGACUCCAUUUGAACUUGUAAGAUUUCCUGGGAUUCUGGCGCGUUAUUUCAGCUUUGGAGUAGAAGUCAGCCACUACUGCGUCAUGGUCAGAUAUGCCUGGGACACACGUGAAUUGUUUAACGAGGGUGGGGUUGGAUGUGAAGAUAAGGUCUAGGAUGCUGUUUUGACGUGUAGGUGUCCUCUGCACUUGUGUGAGUAGGGAGGAUGAGGUCAAGUCCACCAGUGAUAGCUGAAUGGAGUUGUCUCUGCCAGUGGAGUGGGCAGUCUAUAUCGGGGCAGUUGAAGUCGCCGGCAACGAUGAUGUUGCGUGGGUGCUUGCCGUUGGCUGUAAGAAUGUUGGAUUUUUGGUCAAGGUCGCACUUCUUUUGGGCAUAUAGAAGGCACCGAUGUAGAGGUCUUUCUUGUUUUUUAAUUUUACCUUUGCCCAUACUAUUUUGAGGGCUGUGACCAUACCAAUCAAAAUGUUAGUCUAAUGGGCUGGAAAAGUGCUUAGAGAGUUAUAACAAUUUUUUGGCUAAGAGAGUUUUAACAAUUUUUUGGCUACUCAUACUGCAGCUUAAGAGGCUAAACAAGGUUUAUCAAUGUACACUAAAGAAUUUAAGAAUGCAGUCUUAAAAGUUUAUUGUUUUCAAAUUAAAAAACUACGUUACAUAUAUCAAUUUCCCCAGAACAUUGAAGAAUUGAAGUCUCUUAAAUUUUGAUCUCUUAAUGUCUCCCCACAGGUUAUGACAAAGUUUGAUCCUGACGCUGUGUAUAUUAUUGGAGCUUUUAAUGAUAAAGGAAUACAAAAACCUGUGUCCUAUGCCAGAGCUAAAAAACAAGGAAUCAAAGUUAUGAAGUUUCCCUUAGAUCAGUAUCUGAAGUAAGUUUAGUUUGAUCCCACCUUAAGUUAUAAAGACAUCUUGCCUGGCACAUAAAGUUUUCAGAAAUUGGGUUUAUCUUUUCACUCUAACCUUUGAUUGAAUUAACUUGUCACUCUACCUUUGAUUGAAUUCUUUUCACUCUAACUUUUAAUUGAAUUAACUUAAGGUUAAUAAUUAACCUUAAAACUGACAGGCGGGAUAAAACAGCUCAUAAAAGACUUUGGCAUUUAAAAUUAUUUUAUAAAAUUAAAUUUUUAUGUAUAUCUGUGUAAUGACAUGCAGUCAUUGUCAUAAUCACAUGAUAAAGAAUCAUUCAGACAACUAAAAGUAAAAACUGCACAGGAAUAACAAAUCGUGAUGAAAAAUCGUCUGAUAUUUCUUAUUUUGUAUCGAGAAUGUUGGCUAUUACUGUUAGUAUUACCUGGUGACAAAAAUUAAAUUAUGAAGAAUUAUUCUACAACUAUGAAAAUACUAAGAUGACUGUUUUGUAUGAUUUAUUGCUUACUAAAUUUUUGAAGUUUUAUUAUUUUUUUUCAGUUGGAACCUUGGUACUAAGUGCAUUACAUUGGACCAAGUGAUGAAAAUCAUGACGUCCUUGAAAAACAAAGAGUCAUGGUUGGAUGCUUUUAAGAAGUCAGUACCCAAAAGGAAACUCAGAAAUUAAAUACAGUGCAUACAGAAGCAGUUUAUGGGAGAACUUUCUUACAGUUUUAGAGAAAAUAUUAUUUUUCACGAAUCCCCACUUAUGGAGUUAUUAAAUAAAAAUGUUAGUGAAGAUUUAUCUGAAAUAGUUUUCUUGUAUAAGAAGUUGUUAAAAUUAUAUUUUGCAUUAUUAAUAUAAUGAAAACAAAGUCAGUAAAUUUUGUUUGUUUUUGUUUUUUUAUUAUCAUUUGUAAUAACUCAUAUAUCAUAAAUGACAGCUUGCAAAAAAUUAUUUUUAGAUUAUUUUCUUUUGCCCCAAAGUUAGAUGAAAAUAACUAAUACCACUACUCUAUGUAUCUCAAAUGAUGAGACAGAACAUUGACAUACCGGGUAUUUUAAUAGAACAAGAGGGUUGCAUGUUAAGUAUAGCAUUUUGGAGCAUUCAUUAGACAUAUGUAAUAACUGGAAUACUGAACUGUUACUGUUGUUACAAAAUGUUUUUGCACAGUAAUGGAAUUAUAUAUUUCUGACUGGUCGCUCGUCGCCAUGGUAUGCAGGCGUUAGUGACCAACUCCGUUUGGCAAAACUCGUGCGAAGACGCGCUGAAAGACGCUGGGUAAAGACUGGACUGAGUGUUGACAGACAGAUCUUUUGGACAGCGAAAGAUGCUGUGGCAGAGAUUGUACAGAGGGCAAAGGAUGACUACUGGAGCUCAAAGGUCGAAUCAUGUGCAUCAACCAAGGCGUUGUUCAGCGCUAUUAACCGUCUCCUUGGCAAUAGCAAGAAUUUCACCCUCCCUACUGACAUUGCACCAGAGCAACUCCCUGACGCCUUUGCGGACUUUUUCAUCACCAGGGUGCAAACGAUCAGGGAGGAGCUAGACAGCGCGACCCCUACACCUUCCUCACCGUUCUCGGAGGACGUUAGUCAGACAGAAUCAUUUGAUAGUUUUCUGCCUGUGACUGAGGAUGAGGUGAGGCGAGUCAUCAUCAGGUCUGCUCCCAAGUCUUGUGCCCUCGAUCCUAUCCCCGUCCCACUGCUUGUAGAAUGCCUUGACGUCCUCCUCCCAGCACUCACCUCCAUCAUAAAUUCUUCGAUUCUCUCUGGCAUAUUCCCUCCCAUUUUUAAACGGUCGAUUGUCCUGCCCCUCCUAAAGAAACCCUCACUUGAUCCAAACACACUCAAGAAUUACCGCCCCGUCAGCAACCUCUCCUUUCUCUCAAAAAUCAUAGAAAAACUCAUACUCUCUCAGCUCUCUGGCUAUCUUCAUUCUCGCAAUCUCUAUCCUUCCUCUCAGUCCGCCUACCGACUUGGUCAUAGCACAGAAACAGCACUGGUCCGAGUCAUGAGUGACCUCCUGCGCGCGAUGGACGAUGGCAAACUCUCUAUUCUCACUCUGUUAGAUCUCUCUGCUGCAUUUGAUACCAUUGACCACCAGAUUCUUCUUGACCGCCUUCAUCUUUCUUUCGGACUUACUGGCUCAGCUUUAAACUGGUUUCAAUCAUAUCUUUCUGACAGAACUCAAAAAGUCUCUAUUUCCAACCGCUCUUCCAAACCUUCAGCCCUGUCUAUUGGAGUUCCUCAAGGAUCGGUCCUUGGGCCGGUCCUUUUCAUCCUCUACACUAAACCUCUAUCAUCUCUCAUUAGCCACCACUCAGUUUCCAGUCAAUCCUUUGCUGAUGACACUCAAAUCAGUGACUCUUGCUUUCCUGAUCAACUUGAUGCCACAAUCCUUCGCAUACAGGAGUGCGUGGACGAUGUAAAGCGUUGGAUGACUUGCAACAAACUGAAGCUAAAUGAUGAUAAAACGGAAAUCCUUCUCAUCCACUCUCAAAACAAACCUCUCCCUCCAUUCGCUCCUUCUUCUAUAUCUAUUGGCAACUCUGACAUCACACUCUCUCCCUCUGCCAGAAACCUUGGAGUCACGCUUACGGACACCCUCUCCAUGGACAAACAUGUCACGAAUAUAUGCAGAUCAGCAUAUAACGAAAUUAGAAAAAUCAGCACCAUUAGACACCUCCUCUCCUUUGAUGCCACAAAAACUCUCGUCUCUUCACUCAUUCUUUCAAAAUUUGACUACUGUAACAUUCUUCUCUCAGGCAUUCCUCAACACCACAUAGAAAAACUUCAGAAGGCACAGAACUCAGCAUGCAGACUCAUUUUUAAAUUAAAGAAACAUGACCACAUUCAACCACACAUGCGGCAACUCCACUGGCUUCCAAUAUCCUCUCGCAUCAAAUACAAGUCUUCCAAUCUUUGCUUCAACUCGUUCACUGACCCUCACUUUCCUGUCUAUCUCUCUGAACUGUUGCUUCCUUACAUCCCCACAAGACAACUACGUUCUUCCAUUGACAGUAGAACCCUCUCAAUCCCAAGAACUAAAACUAAGACCAUCGGUGAACGCUCCUUCUGCUUCCAUGGGCCCACGUUCUGGAACCAGCUCCCCUUCCAUAUACGUCAUAGUGAAACCUCGUCCAUUUUCAAAAAGUCCCUUAAAACUCAUCUGUUUAGGUCCGCCUAUGACCUGUGAUGCACCCUCCUUGCCCUACCUAAUUUUCUGUUUCGGUUUAAUCCUGAAGUGUCAAAGUGUCCUCUUUUUAUAGCCAUUUUCAUUGUUUCUAUAGAAUAGUAGUUACUAUCCUAGUGUCUCAUUUGUAUUUACUUAGUUUACAUGUUUUAAUAAUUGUAAAGCGCUUAGAGCUUUAUGAUAAGCGCU